AUGUAUUAUUCAACUGUGUUUAUCACACAAACUAUCACUACGUGUAAAGAGCGCAAUGGUUUCAUAAGACUAGAGAGCUGCGCUAAGAUAAGGAAAAAUGCCAACAAAAAGAAAAAGAAAAAAAGAUCCAAGGAAAACUUAAAAGAUAAUCCAGCAAAUCUCCGUACACGCUCCUUCUGUACUUUUUUUUUAAAGGGGCGAUGUGAUCGUGGAAGUACUUGUCAAUUUUUACACACAGCAGAACCCAUUACUAAACAAAAGCCCUGCUGGUACUUUCUUGGAGGAAGUUGUACUAAAGGAGCUGAGUGUCUUUAUAGCCAUGAUCUUAGCCAAUUUCCUUGUAGAUACAUACAUACUAUUGGAUUCUGUAGAAAUCUACAGAACUGCAGAUUUAGUCAUAGACUACCAUUGUAUGAUAGCCAAAAAGAGGAAUUUGUGCGUAAUAAUAAGGACUACUUAUUAUUAUCACACAAAGAUGGAGGUCCUAAAGAUAUGGAUCCAUCCAAAAGAUGGUGGGAGCCAUAUUUACAAAAGAUAGUUAAAGAAGAUAAUAAGGAAAGUAGUGACAAGAUUAUGAUGAAUAAGUUAUACAAGGAGUGCAGAGAGGCAAUACCUGAUUCCAUUAGUACCUGCCUACUAAAAAAGCAAAAUGAAACCAUAAUAAAAACGCAUCUAAAGAGCUCUAGUAUAAUAUCCAGGGAUAAAACUUUUAUUCUAUCACAUAGUCCUGCAUCAUAUCACUCUACUAACUCAUUAUCAUAUACUUCGGAUUCAUUAGAAUACAAAGACUCCCUAUUUAAGUCAUUGGUAUGUCCAUAUGUAGCUACCAUCAGCAAUAAUAGAAAAAAUGAUAUACUCCCAUCUUAUUCUCCAAAACACAUCAUUUGGCAGUAG